AUGGUGAAAUUGCUUGCUUUGACGAUGUCGAUAUCAGAGAAAAAGAGAGUUGCGCUAAAACAGCCAUUGGCGCGAGAUGUUAUGUAUCAGAUUGAAGGCAACGAAUUAUGCGUUUUAGCUUUGCAUUUUGACUGGUCAAAGGCUUCAGUUAACGUCUAG